AUGGCUUUCUCAAUGCCCCCCGCGACGCCGCAGCGCCCUGGGCCAGGCGCAUUUAUCAACACACCUGCGCCUAAUCGGCCAAACUUUCAGCGACACACCUCGGUAUCGCAACCACAGCCGCAACCACAUGCAGCGCUACCUGCGCCGCCAGCAGAGAGUCCUGUAGAUCGUGCAUCGCGUACCAUCAACAACAUGCUAGACAGAGACAGCCGGUUUCCAGCUCUCGAGGUGACGAUUGGACAGGGUUGUUCGGGUGACUAUGAGAUCGAGAACAGUCCAGCCUGGGCGCCAUUCCAGCAAUUACGUUCCUACAAACUGCCCGAGGCUGUCUUUGAGCAGGUGAACCAGACGCAAAUAUCAACAAGCAUGGGCCUAUUUGCGGAAAUCAAUCACGCCUGGGUGACAGUAGACAACCAAGUCUACCUCUGGGACUACACACAUCCAAACCCCGAGCUCAUCGGCUUUGAAGAGCAGCCGAGUAACAUCACAUGCGUUAAGCUGGUGAAGCCGCGCCCCAAGGUCUUUGUCGACACCAUCGAAUAUCUACUCGUAGUGGCAACCAUUGCAGACAUCUUCCUCAUCGCCGUCGAGUGCCAGAGGGGACCAGAGGGUGUCCAUGGGGUCACGCUUUAUCGCACUGGCCUUUCCACAUCGGUGAAGAAGAUCAUGGUCGAUACCAUCGCAGGCUCCAACAAAACGGGUCGCAUCUUUUUCGGCGAUCGCAACUCGGAAGACGUAUACGAGCUCAAUUACCAGCAAGAGGACAAGUGGUUUUCGAGCAAGUGCAGCAGGACAAAUCACGUCUCUAGCUCAGUCGGACUGUCGUCUUGGUACUCAGCUAAGAAAGAGGGCGGGACUAGGCAGAUGGUGAUAGACGACACGCGCAACAUCCUCUAUACCCUUUCCAGCCACGGCACCAUCAAAGUCUACUACAUGAAGGAACCUUCCACGCUUGAGUGUGUCAUCACCAGAACUCGUGGCCAGCUAGCGACCAUGUGUGGUCACAUUAUACAAUCAGCCGGUACGCUCAAGGAGAUGACUAUUGUAGGCCUAAGCCCUAUCACAAGUACAGAGGCGGACAACUUAUCCUUGAUGGCGACAACCUCCACUGGCUGCAGGCUGUAUCUGAGUACAACUGCUGGUGGAGCUUGGAAUUCCAAUAGUACAAGCGCACCGACGAGCAUGCAGUUGCGCCAUAUUCGAUUCCCGCCAAGCGAUGGCCGAUCGGGACCCUCUAGCGAUCACACACAAUUACCGCCCUACCAAGCGGGCGCGCAAGUAGGCUUUGAUUCUGACUACCUGCGGGAAACUAAACUGGCAAACCGAUAUGCACCGGGCGCAUUCUUUUCAUUCGUACAACGGUCGCCGAACGACAUCAACGAAAUCGCAUUCAUCUCAGCACCACACGCUGGUGUGCUGAGUCAGCGAGACAACUCUCAACCUGCACGAUACCUGGAAACCGUGCUAGAAUUGAAUCUCGUAGGAAGGGUACGAGACAUGGGCCAGGUCAGCGAGCCAUCUCCUGCUCGUAAUGAGCCUCUGGGGUUCGGUAACGAGUUGGCCACCCAAUUUGAUCAGCCUCUGUGUGAGUACGCCAUCAUCACAUCCCACGGGAUUGAGACAAUUCGGCGGAGGAGACUGGUGGACAUUUUUGCCUCCAUUGUCAAAUCGGGUGGACAAGAAGCUGCAGAGCUCGACAUUAGGAAGCUUGCGAAACAGUACGGUCUUGCCGAGACUUCUGCUACCGCGCUUGCAGUGGCAUGUGGGCAAGGAUCAGAUGUUGGUCCUGAUUCUCGAAUUGCAAAAGUCACAGAUCCUGAAGUUCUUGACUUUGCUCGAAGGGUCUUCAUCGAAUUCGGCGGCAAAGCUCAUUUGACGGAGAGUGCAACGGUUGAAGGUCUUAGCGUCGACAAUGUCCGUGCUUCUCCUCGACACGACGGCAUUGCCAUGUACGUUGCUCGUCUGAUCCGUUCAAUAUGGAACUCGCCUAUCAUUACAGAGGUCGCAAUGCCCACCGGACCCGUACUUGCAUCAACGCACAAGAUUGCGAGGCUACAAGAUAUUCAACGAUCUUUGGCUCAGCUACAAGAAUUCUUGGAGGUGAACAAGUCAUAUAUCGAAGGGCUGGCAGGCCCAGAAGCGCUGGGUCGAGUUUCUUCGCGGCAGGAGGAGGUUGAACUUCAGGGAGAGAAUAGAGCGCUAACAAGUCUGCUUCUGAUGAUCAACAACAUCGUAGAAGGUAUCUCGUUUGUGCUGGUGCUUUUCGAGGAGCGCCUGGAAGAUAUCCUUAUCCUCCUACCCGACCCGGAGCUACAGACAAAAGUACGGCGACUCACUUUCCAGGGCCUCUUCUCUGCUAAAGAGGGCAAAGAUCUGGCACGCGAGCUCGUCAAAGCGAUAGUCAAUCGUAACAUUACCAAAGGCUCCAACGUGGAAACCGUGGCUGAGUCGUUGCGGAGAAAGUGCGGCAGCUUCUGUAGCUCAGACGAUGUUGUCAUCUUCAAGGCCCAGGAAAAUCUCAAGAAAGCCGUUGAUUCGGGGGCUAACGCGGAACGCGGACGCAUUCUACUCAACGACAGUCUAAGGUUGUUCGAGCAGGUGGCGAAGAGCUUGACUUUUGAAAUCUUGACUGCUACGGUGAACAAGUACAUUGAGCUCGAGUUUUAUGCGGGUGCUAUACGACUUGCUCUCAGAGUAGCUCAAGAGGCAGAUCGAGGCAACAAGGCUCUUUCCUGGCUACGAGAUCAAGGCGAUGCCAAUGCAGACCCGAACGAUGUACGGCGGCAAUACUUUGAACGACGAGCGUCUUGUUAUACACUGGUUUGUAACGUGAUUGAGGCUGUCGACCAGGCAUUCAACAGUCAAGGUCCUGUGCCCGAUGGUGUCAUAUCCCAGAUUACACGUCGCAAGCAUGAAGCCUACGAGCAGAUCAACAACUCCGACGACGAAGUCUUCCAGAAUUACUUGUACGACUGGUACAUGUCCAAGGGCUGGGCAGAGCGCUUACUGGACAUAAACUCGCCAUAUGUGGUCGACUACCUUCGUCAGAGCUCAGAGAAGGACAUUGCACAUGCUGAUCUUCUCUGGCGAUACUAUGCCCAUUACAACGAUUAUCUGAGCGCUGCAGAGACACAGUACCAAUUAGCCAAGAGUUCCCUUCCCCUAUCUCUAGAGAAGCGAAUAGAGUAUUUAUCGCGUGCUAAAGCUAAUGCUUCGACACGCAUGACUGGCUUUUCGGAAACCGGAGUACGAAACAGGCAAUCAAGGCAAGAGUUGCUACGGAACAUUACCGACUGUCUAGAUAUUGCAAACAUUCAGGACGAUGUACUGCAGCGGAUCAAAGGAGACGAACGGCUAACGGGCGAGAGAAGGGAGACAGUGAUCCAGAACCUCAAUGGCCAGAUUCACACCCUGGAUGAACUCUAUCACGACUACGCCGACCAGGCCGGCUACUACGACAUCUGCCUCCUAAUCUACCACGUAGCCGACUACCGCUCAGUCCCCGACAUUCGCUCCACCUGGACCAACCUCAUCGACCGCGUCCACCACACGGCCAUCAGAGAGCAGCAAAGCUCGCCGUGGGAAGCCGUGGCCCUCAAAGUCCAAGACCUCGGCCACCGUGUCAAUCUAAACGACAACAUCUUCCCCAUCUCCAUCGUUCUCCAACUCCUCCUCCAAUACGAUCUCGACUUUUACGUCCACGACUCCACCACCGGCCUCAACCCCAACAGCCUCGCCUUCAACCCAAACAUCACAUGGCACCUCGACGUCUUCAUCACCCUCAACGCCCCUUUUGAAGCCCUCAUCGCCACCCUCGAGGCCCUCUGGUACGCUCAAGAAGCCCCGUUUACAGGCCGCAAUCGCAAGCUCCUCGUGAAGUGGAUUGUCUACACGAUUGAGCAGUGGAGCCUGUCGAGUCGGCGCAUGGGCGUGCUGUUUGGCGGUGCGGAGAAUGCAAUCGGUCUGGCGGAGUUGUUGCGCAUCGUGCUUGGUAGUGAUGUCCUUGGCCGCGAUGUCGAGGAUCAGGCGUGGGUUCAGAGGGCUAGGGAGGUUAGUGCGAUUGUGGAGGAGGCGGCGCGGUGA